GUCAACCACCUCACAAAACCUGUUGAUAAGCCACCUAAAUCAAGACGUUCACUUGUGGACAUGGAGAAAGAUGCUCGACCCAAUUGGGACAGUCCCAUGCAGUUCCUAUUGUUUUGUGUUUCUUCUGCCAUUGGAGUGGGGAAUGUUUGGCGAUUUCCAUACCUGUGCCAGAUGCACGGGGGAGGGGGAUUCUUGAUUCCAUAUCUGCUGAUGCUGUUUCUUGAGGGUGUGCCCUUAUUCUACAUGGAGCUCGCCAUUGGUCAAAAGAUGCGCUUGGGAUGCAUUGGGGCCUGGUCGGCCAUAAAUCCGUAUUUGGGAGGAGUGGGUCUUGCUAGUAUUGUAGCCUCCAUGUAUCUUUGCCUCUACUACAACAUCAUCAAUGCAUGGAGCUUCUGGUAGCUCUUUAAUUCAUUUCAAUCAGUCCUGCCCUGGUCAGACUGCCCUGUCAAUUCCAACCUGACAGGACCCCUGGAAGAGUGCCAAAAGGCUUCUUCGACCCAGUACUUCUUUUUUAGAGAAACACUAAACAUUUCCACUUCGAUUGAAGAGAAUGGAGGCAUCCAUACAGGACAGGCUUUGUGUCUCCUGCUGGCCUGGGUGAUCACCUACCUCUUCAUUAUCCAUGGAAUUAAGUCAUCUGGGAAGGUGGUUUACUUCACAGCCACGUUUCCUUAUGUGGUGCUCGUUAUCUACCUCAUCAGGGGUUUGACUCUUCCUGGUGCCAUCCAUGGUAUCACGUAUCUGUUCACCCCCAAGAUGGAAGAACUGGCCAAUCCGACUGCAUGGAUAAAUGCUGCCACUCAGAUUUUCUUUUCUCUGGGUUUGGGAUUAGGGUCGCUCAUAGCGUUUUCCAGCUAUAAUCACUACAACAACAAUUUUGAGCAACAGGCGAUCAUUGUCACCCUCAUCAACAGCGGAACCUCCAUUUUUGCUGCCAUUGUCACCUUUUCCAUCUAUGGAUUUAAAGCCACAGUUAACUAUGAGAACUGCCUGGAGAGGACACGCAUAUUGCUGCUAAAUACCUUUAAUCUAGCAGAGGACACUAUCAACAAAAACAAUGUGCUUGACUGGAUUAAAACACUCAAUGCAACUUACCCGGAGCAGUUUGCUGAACUUGGCAAUCAACUGGAAGACUGUGACCUAAAUGAUGAACUAGACACGGCAGUCGAAGGGGUUGGUCUUGCUUUCAUUCUGUACAGUGAAACCAUUCAAAAUAUGCCCCUACCUCAAAUAUGGUCAGUGCUGUACUUCUUCAUGCUUCUGAUUCUGGGACUAGGCAGCAUACUGACCACCGUGAGUGGCAUCACCAUGUCACUGCAAGACUUGAAGAUACUUUCUAAAGUUGGCACUGAGGUGUUAAAUGGGAUAUUGUGUCUAAUCUUUCUGCUGUUUGGCCUGCCCUUUACCACCCCAUCUGGAAAUUACUGGUUUACCAUAUUCAAUGAAUACGGAGCAUCUUUGUCCAUGCUCUUUGUCGUCUUCAUCGAGAUUGUAAUCGUCAGCUACCUUUAUGGGAUUAAAAGGUUUGAAAAAGACAUAGAAGACAUGCUUGGCCACCGUCCGAACUGGUACUUGAAGAUCAUGUGGAUGGUAGUCAGUCCCCUUCUCUUAAUAGUCCUCGUCAUCUUCUAUAUUGUCAGCUAUACAAGAGGAGGAACGCCCACCUACCAAGCGUGGGACAAGGAGCUGGGAAAGACGGUGGUGGCGGACUAUCCUGUUUUUGGUCAAGUCUUCAUUGCCAUCCUGUUGGUGUCAGUCAUCAGCUGUGUUCCCCUCACAGCUCUCCAUUUGUACUGCAUGAAUAGGAAACGAUCUAGUUCAAUCAAGAAUAGCCAAUUGGAACGUGUUGCAGCCAUAAAAUUCUAACUUAAUUUGAUGGACUUGCUCAU